UCACUUUUCAGUUGUUUCAUUAUAUAUUUGCAGAUGAUACACUGACUCUACUAAAUUUCAAUUAUUUGAUACUUUAAGGUACUACUUACAUUAUUUCUUUGUCAAUACAUUAUAAUGACCAUUAUUACUAAAGGGUAAACUGACAUUAAUUAACAACAACAUAAAUAUUAGGGCUUACUACAGUUGUUUUGUAUGAAAUUAUUAUCAUGUGCUAUGUAUAAGUAGGCAGGGGUGGUUGCACCGCGAUACACCACAACACUGGGGACUGCAGUUUGUGUCCUGUUCAGUCACAAAAGCAGUUGUGUUCAAAUUGGAAUUUGUCCAUUGAAUCAAAACACAAUGAAUUUACAGUAAAGUCAGUCUCAUUAGUGCUUCGAGUUCAGUCUCACUGAUCAGUAAUGUACAGAACAGAUAAUAACAUUUGUAAUCAUUAACCAAACACAGAACACAGUGUAUAAAGUGUUAUGUGUACAGAUGUCAUUGUCUCAUAUCAUCUAUGAUGCAAUACGCAACACAAUUUAUAACUCAUAUAUAAACUCGAAACAAAGAUACUACUAAUAAUAGCAUAACUAACGACUGGCAAACCAGAAUAUAAUUAAUCAUUACAAAAUGACAAAAUAAACAGUGACACCGUUCUGUACAGUAAAGUGUAAUUAACUAAAAAUGUAUUAGCAGUGGUUAUUACAGUGUUAUAUCUCCCUGAGGAAAUUCCCAAACUGCCCAUAAGUGUAGAAGGUACUUAAAAAACACCUUCACCAGCUGCAACAUUUAAGUGAUGUACAUAUUAAUUAAUCAAAAAAUGUAUUUUUUGAAAGUAUGCCUUUGCUUUGAUGUUUAACUACAGCAGUUUUGCUUAUUUUAACAAAUGAAAUCAUGCACCUGUGACACUGAGCUCACGUAUCGACAGCUCGAUUCCAAAUAGCCGUUUUCUGUUGGUCUUACUCAAAUAUCUUUCUAAAUCACAGUUUUGCAAACUCAAAUUGCAUCAUUUAGCACGCUCUGUUCACCUAGGAACACUGGGCUUCAAAAUGCAGAUUUCCAAUUACUCAUUCUGCAUUUAUGCAAAGUCAAUUCGAAGAACAUUUCAGUCAUGUGUCAGAAUACAAAAGGGAUCUUAAGUGACUUCUCCAGGUGUUAGGCAAGAAGAUGGAGCAGCAGGAACACAGACAGUGGCAGGCAAUUUGCUUUUUUCUGUUUUUGUCAGUUCAGCUGAAGAGCUUUCUGUGUGUGUGUGUGUGUGUGUGUGUGUGUGUGUGAGUGUAACAUGGCCUCAAGAAGCCUCUACUGACCACUUCUGAUGGUAGUGUUUUGAAUCCAUCAGCAAGAUGUCAGUUUUUCAUAGCUGUGUGUAUUGUUUUUGUGGAAGGAAACAGUUUGAGAGGACGGAACGUGGUUUUGCAAGAGAUGCAAAGUAACUUAUCAAAGCAGUGACCUUCGUUCAUUUCGUGCAGAGAAUUUGGAGAAACUGACCCACAGUUUCUGAAAAUUGACAUAUUGCAGCCUUAUUUUGAAAAUGUUCAAACAACACAAGAACAAAAAGAAACAAAACAACACAUAAUGAUCAUAAUCAUAAUAAAUAACAUGUUCAAAAAGGAGCAGGAAGAAGCAUUAGCUUAUUUAAUGCCCCUUUCCCACUAUUUAGUAACUCAUAAUCAUCACUUUCCCCCUUCUGUUUGCCCCCUAUCCUGUCAUAAAUCCUGCCUUACAAUUUGUUACAUGUAUUUGGUUUUAAAACCUAAAUGUAUGCUAAGAGAUAUGGAUAUUUACAGAUAUAUACAUAAACACACAUAUAUGCACUCACCCUUCUCCCUAUACUUUGUGAAAUCUCUAUUUUUGUACCGUUUGUUUAAACAUUUGCUUUUUCAUCCUCUGCACACACAAACACGCAGAGUAAAGUGUGACCAACAGGGGGCGCAGGUUGACCACAUAUAACAAUCGGAAAGGCGUAUAUUGAUUUUUUAGCAUUUGGGGGAUUUUGAUACACAAAGUAACCGACAAACAUUGUUCAGAUGUUACUAUCACAGCGUUAUUACAUAUUAUGAUACGCAAAUAUGUCAUUCACAACAGCGUUACUAUGGAGAGCCACAUACGUGUUGACAAAUGUACGCAGAUACCGCAUAACCUUUAUUUAUAGUAUACCUAUUUACACAAAAUAAAACGCAUUUAAAGAAAUAUUAUUACUGUGGCGUGCUUACGCUGCUCACGCGUGUAUUUCCUUCCGAGAAAAAAAAGAGUCACCGUGAUUUGAUCGCUGUGAAUAAAGUGUCCGCCACAUAAAUACGCACAGAAUUAGAGAAAUGAGCCUGCGAUCGAAGCACUCGUAAAAGUUUGACUUGGUAAACUUGCCCCCGGUGGGUUACUCGAAACUCUUCUCGUCACCCUCCCCGCUGACGUUUACGUACGCAGCCGUGGCGUGCCUGCAAGCCAAAUAACAUGGAGUCCUCUGCCUGGCAUCUCCAAGGGAUCCCUGCAAAACACCCGAGCGCCGAUUAAAAAGAUCAAGUUCCUCCAUGGGAGCAGUCAAAGCUUCUUGCCAGCAUCGUCGCGGUGCGUAAAGCUUCAGCUCCGUCCUCAAAGUAUGACGAACGGUGCUUAAAGAGGCAGCCUUUCCCUGCGAUCCGCAAACCAGGCCGAUUUCAAAGGAGAGGAGGCUGCACGAUGUAGGCAGGCUGUUUACUAGUGGGACUCCAUACUGUUCUCUGGGGGGUGGGGGGGACCAUGGAGCCAGAAGGGGAACCCCUAACCCCAGGGACCAGCUAUGGGCCCCCACCCAUCGACUCAGCACAAAACCCCGUCACCCCAACUUUCCUCAACAGCACCUUAGAGUCUUCAUGUUCUCCAAAUCUGAGAGAUGGCCUGAUGUCUGCCAAAUGCUCGUGGGGCCUCACUGGGGAGGAGGGCUCCAAGCAGAGUGAGGGCCCCCAGUCCAGUGCAGACCAAGGGAGGAGCGCACAGAGGAGAUUCAAAUCCUCAGCCUUUCCUUCCUCCUUAAGCUGGGACUCUGACUCUGAGAAGGAAACACUAGAUGAGGAGGAGCUACAGAACUUUUCUAACCCUCACGGUCUGGCUGCUCACAGUCCAGGAUCUCCUUCUUCUGGACUAAGACUUGAUAGUGAAGAUGACCAAGUACCUGAUAAAAUGCAGCACUUCCAUAGUAAGACUGGCAUGUCUACACCCGCUGAGGGGCACAGUGAUAACAAUGAGAGCACAAAGACAGAGGAGCCAAAUACAUCCCAGCCUGGCCAAACAGAAUUAGCAGACAGCAAAGUCUGGAAUGUAUCUGAGGGAGCUGAGCCAUUCCUGUCUAAAGUAAAACCAAAGGAAGGUUGCCAAAUGGAGGAGGAGGAGGUGGUGCUGGACAACGGCGAGGGAGAAAAAAAGCCCAAGGGAAAGGAAACCAAGGAGCCUGAGAGAGAUGUGUACACCUUCCCCGGAGACUCGGACCAAGAGAGUCCCCCUCCUGCCCCCUGGGCUCAUUGCACAUUCAUUCAGCGGUGCAGAAAAAAGAGGGUCUUGCUCAGGCCCUUCUCAGGACUUGGCACCUUAAAGCGUACGUUGCCUGAGACUGCCAAAUUGGCAAGACCUAGUCCUCAAAAAUCUGAAACAGUACAGCUGAAUCGAGGUGGAGGGGUUUAUGACUUUGAGGAGGUCAGCUUUGGAGAGGGAGGGGUGGAACCCAUAAAGUUCAGAGACAGAGGUGGGAGAAGAGACAAAGAAGGAGAAGAGAGUGGGGUGGAGACAGAUAAAGAGAUUUUCACGUGUGUGGAGUGUAGCAUUUAUUUUAAAAAGCAGGUCCACCUGCAAGAACACAUGAUUGAGCACAAUCAGAGUGGCGCAGGGGGUGUCAGGCGGUUAGGAAAGGGCAGCCGCUUUCGGUGUAUUGAGUGUGGAUGGAACCUGCCAAAUCGACUUGCACUUGCUGACCACCAUAGAAGGCAUGAAGAGUCACGACUGAAGAUCCUGGAAGAAAUUGAGAAACUGAAUGAAAAUGGGAAAGCAAAAGAAUUUCAGACACUGGACAGCAAGGUGUUGAAAAAUAGAAGCAUAGACCCGACAAUUAUAGAAAAUACCGGCCAAGGCUCAAUACUAAGCAAGGUGGUAGACCCAGACACGGUCAAAUCUCCACCUCUAUCGCCAGUGUCAACACUGGAUAUAGACCCAGGAGUCCUUGACCUAAAUGCACCCCCGCCAAACUCAGUUCGAACCCCAACUCAGACCCGAGCUCUCUCUGCCUACCGUCGCCGCUUUGUCUGUACCAAGUGUAACUUCAGCACAAGAACAUCCCAAGCACUAGCUAAUCACUCCAAGACCCACACCAGGAAAAAGCCCACUCUCCAAUCAGAAUCUUCUUCCCCUGGUUCACCACCCAGUUUGGCAUCUACUUCCCUGACCUGUGGUCACUGUGGCUUCCUGACCUCAAGUGAAUCCAUCCUGAGGGAACACCGGGCACUCGUUCAUCCAGGAGAGAUCGACGAGUCUGGACAGCGUUUAAAGCCUAGUAUGGGAGCAAGAAUUGUAAAACCCAACCUAGACCCCGAGUUCGUCUAUGAGUCCGGAUCUCAGCAUGAUGCAACUCAAGGCAAAAGCCAGCAAGCAGUUACUGCUUCUGAUGACAGCAGAACACCAGACGGCACCACAGCUCGGCCUGUGAGACAGGUGGUCUUCAACAGGAGAUUCAGCACAAGAGGCAAGACUUGGACUGAUCUGGCCAAGCUUGACACCACUGUGGAUGUUGAAAAGCUCCCUGAGAGUGAAGAGGAAGAGCAGGACCAAGAUCAGAAGUCAGAGUUUAAGACAGAGCUGUGUCGGGAAGAGGAAAGCUCAUCAGUGGCAGUCAGGCCUCAGACCAGAGCACGAUCCAACAUGGAUGAUGGCUCAUCGCUGCAGAGUGCUCCAUUACCGCUCUCCACCAAGAAGAGCGAAAAGAACGAUGACAAGCAGGAAACGGAAAAAGACGGGAAGGUUUUCUUUCUGAGGAGGAGCACCAGGGUCGCUGCCGCUCCUGUAGAAAUUGACAGCGACGACGACGAAGACAUUGACGAGGAACGUGUGCGACGUUUCCUGUCAGAGGGCGUCCUGGAUGAAGACAAAGACGAGAUUGAUGAGGACACAGAGGCGCUGAAGAGCGUGGAGAGGAAAUGCCCCUACUGCCCCGAUCGAUUUCAUAAUGGAAUUGGGCUUGCCAAUCACGUGAGAGGCCACCUGAACCGUGUGGGCGUCAGCUACAACGUGCGUCACUUCAUAUCCCCGGAGGAAGUCAACGCGAUUGAGAAGAAGUUUUCUUAUCAGAAGAAGAAAAAAAAAGUUGCCAACUUUGACCCGGACACUUUCAGCGUGAUGCACUGUGAGUUCUGUAGUGCUGGCUUCGAUACCCGGGCUGGCCUGUCGAGCCACGCUCGGGCCCACCUCCGUGACUUCGGCAUCACUAACUGGGAUGUUACCAUCUCCCCGAUCCACAUCUUGAGGGAGCUGUUCUCCAGCAGGCCCGACCUCGUAAUCCCCACGGCUCCCCCUCGGAGUUCUGGCUCUCCAGUGGAGGAGGACGAGGACGAUGAUGAAGACGAGAAAGACCUAGAGGACGAAGGGGAGGGAAUUGUUGAAGUAAAGCUGGAGGAGGAGACAAGCGAAAGGACCCUGAGUGCUGCUGUUUCUGAUGUGCUGCCUUCAGCAUCUCCGCAACCCUGGAAGAAGCAGGACGGAGCAGAAGAGUGUAAAGGCGAUGACGGGGAGGGAGCGGAGGAAGAAGAUGAGGAGGAGCUGCAGCAGCUUUCAGCCCUGGACGGUUUGAGCUCAAGCCCUGGGAAAACGGGGCCGUGCGGUGUGAACACGGACAGCCUCUCUCCUGGGGAGGAUGCAGACACCACGGACAACAAAUUGAAGUGUGAGGUGUGCGAAGCUCAGUUUGAGACCAGGCGCGGCCUCUCCAUCCACGCCCGCUCUCACUUGCGCCAGCUGGGCAUCACCGUUUCAGACGGCAGCGGGACCUCCAUCGAGCUCCUUCGCCGGAUUGCCAAGGAGCGCAAAAUAAGCUCGUCUCUUCAGGAGCCGCUCGUAGCUGAGAGCCCCUCCCCGUCCGUUGCCCCAAAAGAUGAGGACAUGGACUUAGACGAGAAACCCAUCCCUCUGUCCCUCUUGGCCAAAGCAGCAAAAGCAGUGCCGCCCUCGUCCUCCUCUACACCUUCUCCGGGAGCCUCUCCAGCUCCGGCUCACUCCGGCUCCCCUUCCUCGGUAGUGAAGAAAGCCCCCAUUUCCUCUCUACUGCCUGUGUCUUCCCCCUUGCGCUCUCCUGAGCACAAGGCAGGGGGCAUAAAAAACCUGACCUCUAACCUAUCCGGCUCAGCACCCAUUGCAACAGCCAAACCCCUCUGGGCGCCUGAGGAGAAUGAUGCUCCUCUUAACCUCACACUGGAGGUUGACCCCAACAAAGACAUUGUUUGUCAGCUGUGCGGCGCCUGGUUUGAAACCCGGAAAGGCUUAUCCAGCCACGCUCGAGCCCACCUGCGGCACUUUGGGGUGGAGUACUCAGAAUCCAAGGGGUCUCCCAUCAGCCUCCUGAACCAGCUCAUCGACACGGAUGACUUUAAGCACAAAGCCAGUGCAUUGCAGCUCGACAACCACACAGAGCCACGGAGCCUCGCCACCACUACGCUCUCCUCCUCAAAGCCAUCCUUGCUGACACUCUCCUCCUCUUCCUCUUCAUCACUCCUCUACAAGGUGACCACGACCGGGAGUGGAUCAACAUCCAAAGCUACCUCUUCCUCUGCCUCAUCUAUACUUGGCCCACCUGCCAAGCGUCUCAAGUCCUCUUCCAUGCAGGUCUUCCGCCUCAGUAGUGGGGAACUCAUGGCCCUUCCACACAGUGAACCUCCAAAGGAGAUAGGCUGUGAAUUCUGUGGGGAAUAUUUUGAGAAUCGCAAAGGGCUGUCUAGCCACGCUCGCUCUCACCUGCGUCAGAUGGGCAUUACCGAGUGGUCCGUCAACGGCUCUCCGAUCGACACCCUGAGGGAGAUCAUCACGAGACGGGGCCUGCCUUGCGCCCUCCCGCUAAAACCUCUCAAAACCCCACCGCCAUCUUCUCCAGGACCGCCCCGUUCCCCCCUUUCAGUGUCCUCUUCUCCUUCAGCUACUCUCCUCAGUCGUCUGCCCUUCGCCUUCGCCCGCCCCUCCAGUCCUCAGCCCGCCGUGUCCAAGUCGAGCUCGGCUCCACCGACGCCUUCUAGCGGUCUGAUUCUCAAGCUGAAGCCUGAGCCGGUGCAGGUAGAGGUCACCACGCCUGGAGCUGUAGGGAGAUCUGGAGGGUUUUCAGCUGAGUCUCUCAACUCUAGCUGGAGGAGCUCUGACAGUGCGUUUCCUCUCAACUUAGCCAUGGCCCAUGAGGUGGAGCCUACGAGGGAUAUCCGCUGCGAGUUCUGCGGGGAAUAUUUUGAGAAUCGCAAAGGCCUUUCUAGCCACGCCCGCUCCCACCUGCGACAGAUGGGCAUCACAGAGUGGUCCGUCAAUGGUUCGCCCAUCGACACCCUGAGGGAGGUUAUGCACAAGAGAGGGGUGGGUGGCUCCUCGCAGUCAGACCAAGGAGUGAAGAAAGAGUCGAGCCAAGGAGCAAACAGUCCCUCGUGGGAGAGCACAGGGGGCGCCAGCGGCUCCGAGGGUUUGGGCGCUUCGGGUUACCAGUCCUCCAAAUUCCGUAAAUCUCCUCUCAGCUUGCUGCAGUCAGGGUCAAGGCUCCAUAAGCAGGGUGUGGGGUCUGUGGGCCCAUCUGCUACCCCAUCUGCAGGGAAGUUUUUCAGGAUGUCCCCACUGGGGAAAAGGCCUCUGUCUGAGGAGGCCCAGUCAGCGGAGACUGCGCACUCAUCUCCACAUCAGCUUAAGACUUUCUCAUCCCUUCCACAUGAUUUCUCCUUCAAAAGAAAACCUUCCCCAGACAAGCAUGCACACCAGGAUCCCAGUUGUGAGCUGUGCGGCUUCUUCUUUGAGAACCGUAAGGCUUUAGCCAGCCACGCGCGAGCCCACCUGAGGCAGUUUGGCGUGACCGAGUGGUGUGUAAAUGGAUCACCUAUCGAGACGCUUAGCGCUUGGAUGCGCAGCAGGCCGCAAAAGGUGUUGGAGAUGCACCGCAGCUACAUGCAGGGUAACCGCACCGCCCUCAAGAAGAAGAGCAGCUCACCGCUCACUGCGGAUUCUGAUCAUGUCCUCCCCAUCUCAUCGCAGAAGGCUUCCUCUUCCUCCUCCUCCUCCUCUCAGUGGUCUUCUUCUUUGGCUGUCAGCCUGGUGCGUCCACUGAGCCACGAGGUCAGCCAGGGCUCUUCCAAGACUGCAGAGGAAGAAACUGGUACCAACUUCCAGGGUGCUCCCAUCAGGGCUGGUCGCAGCAGUCCCAGUCUCUCGCGGCUCGGCAGCGGCCACCCGCUUCAAGCACAGGUGGCGCGCAGUGAGCUCAAUGUCCGCCUGCCUAGAGGUUUUGAGCGUCGGCCGUUGAAGCACCCAUCUUGCCCGGACGGAACAGAGAGGGAUAGUGGCCCUCCUAAGCCCCCGCGCACAGGCACCGUCCCCGCCCUGGUGCCCAAACCACCCUCCUACCCGCUUGUCAAAGUGGUGGGCAAGUUCUACACCCUGAAGUGCCGAUUCUGUGAGGUAGAGUUCCACGGUCCGCUGUCGGUGCAGGAGGACUGGAUCAGACACCUCCAGCAGCACAUUCUCAAGAUGAACUACAACAAGCCCGCUGCUGCCAAAGCAACAGCCACCGAACCACCUGCCCUAGCUGACGAUCCAGCACCGGUCCAGGCCUCUGUCCCAGCCUCCACCUCUACCUCCAGAACCACCUCUACCGCACCGGCUCUCACUUCCACCUCAAACAGCAACACGACUCCCAAGAGCCGCUCCCCCUCGCCCGCGGCCGAGUGCGCUCCUGCCAUCACUGCCACAGAGAUAGUUCAAGUCUCAGAGGAGCAGCCAACCCUAACUCCAGCUCCUAUUCCUCUCCCCACCCAGACAGCUGGUGUUUAGGAGGAGCAUUCUCCCUCCCAAAGAGCCCUCUGAGCCCCAAGCACCUUUUGAAGCAGCUUUCUAGACUGUUACUAAGUCCCGUUGCCAUGAGAACGAAGCUCCACUGGCUUAUCUGCACACCAGGGAUGGGUGAUUACGGGAAAUGUCCAAGGUUAUAAGGAGAGAUGGACUAAUGUUUGUGUUUGCCUUGUUUAUAUUGAAUGUUCAGAUGUGGAUCGUUACUGUACCUCUCUCAUUCACUGGGCAAUUUAGGGUUUAAUAUAGCCCUUUAUUAAACUUUAACACCUUGUCUACUACAACUUCCCCUCCAAUCUUCUACUUAUGAACAGCGCAUUAAAAGACCUGUGAGAUUUUGACCAUUUCUACCAGCACGUUGGUAGCUUUGACUUAGUCUCUUACCCAAAGGUCCUGACUGAGAUUAAGCGACAGUUCUAAUCAUGCUAGUCUUGCGGUUUAGACUUUAAACAUGUGAUAACACUUAGUGUUAAUAAAGGCACUUUUAAUGUGGACACUCAGCACUUAAUGAUACAAUUUGAAUAGGUUAAUAUGAUAUAGGGAUGCACCGAUAUGUGGGCCUAACACUGAUAUUGGUUGAUAUUGGCCUUGUUGAACGAUAUCUGCUGGCAAAUAAGAUGAGAUUUACAGGUAUCGGUGGGCGACAUUUACCUGUUGUGAUUAAAGGGACACAGCAUGGGAAAACCAGACUAAAGUCACUAAAUUUUUAAAAUAAAAAUUUCAAACUGUGCCUGAUUUUUGAAAUAUUGUGGUUUGAAUUGACCACAGGUAAAACAUGGGAAACAUUGCCAGCAUCACGUAGGAGGCAAAUUUUUCUGGUUGACUGGCUCAGCUGUGGGGUUUUUCCCCCAAGUGCAUUUUAUUUUCAGUUUAUCCAUCAGAAAAUGUUCAAUAAACUAAAUUUUUAGGCAUAGUUUGAAUAAAUAUUCUGGAUAGUAAAGUUAAGGUAACAAAUAUUGGAAAUAUUGAAAAGUCAAUUAAUAUAUAUUUCUUUGUUCUCCUAGAACGGGGGUCUGCAACCUUUACUGACCUAUUGUGCAGAUAUCACGAUAUCCGCUAAUAAAUACAAAAUUUAAACUUGAGCCCACUGAUAUCAGCCAGUUGAGCCUGCUAUUUCCUGAUAGAUUUAUAAUAUAUCUAAUAUAUCUAUAUUGGCCUUUAUAACAACCAAUAAAUGAAAAUGAAACUAAAGAUGAGAUGGGAAAAACACCCUUCAUGUUAUGAAUGUUAUGAGUGUUGCACAGUUUGGCCACCAGAGGGCACUCUGCAACUUCACUGUUGGCUACAAUGUAUAGAACUCCACAAAAACAACAACCAGCUGAUGCGAUGAGUCGGGCAGGGCAAAGAAAUAAUUGCACAUAACAAAUGUUAGACAAAUCUGCUUAUGUUUCGUGCAUCUGAAAGCACAAAAAUUCGAGUUUUUAAAGCACCGAAUAUUAGUACCGGUGUUGGUCUUAGAAAUCCUAUAUUGUUCAGGCGCCAAAUUUAAAAAAUUAGUCAUAGGAAAUGAGCAAAAGAGCCACAGGUGUGCGACCCCUGUCCAAGAACAACAAAAACAUACAAAAUUUGAUAAAAUGCUACCUGUAAGGUCCCGGAGUCAGUGCAUCCCUAAUGCGGACUGACAAAGAUGCAUUCCGACUGACUGAAGGAACAAAAAGUGGAAGCACACCCCAAAAAGGGAAACUCUUUACUCUAUGAAGUAAUACUCUCCCCAAAAUAUAUGUUUCACUUGAAUGUAGCUUAAAGCACCUGUCAAAACCUUAUACGCACACAUUCAUACUCAAAUCAAACACAGGCCCCGUACUACAAAUCCAGUAACAGUUUUAUCUUCCACGAUGUUACAACUCCACAGCCUGCUGUUUUCAACAGAUAGGGCUGCAGUUGCUUUUUAAUCUUGGAGACGUGAGGCCACAGUGUUCAAGGUUACACAUCUCCAUUCACAGUGUUGCCAUUUUCUACCUGCCUUUUUCAAUGUAACCCAAAUUAUUUAUUUAUUAUGUUGCUUCUGAAUGUGGUAAGCUAGGUCAUUUAAAAGCUAGAGUAUAACUUAGGAAUGUUUUUGAAAUAGGCCGGCGGUGCGCUUUUAUGCCAGCGCGUUCGUUUGUAUGUCGGUGUACAUACAGAGCAAAUGUGCAUUCGUUUCCCCAUUUUAAAAGAGAAAGAGAGAGAGAGACAGACGUAAACGCGCUCGAUACAAAGACACCUCAUUAAGGUCAAAACGAACUAAAUGUGGGAGCCUGUCUGGACUUACAUGCAUCCAUCGUCUUGUUAGGAUGUGCCAAAGAGCCUGUUUACUUCCCUGUCUUGCCUCUGUAAAAGCUGUUUACAUUGGACCUGAUGGUGGAGGAAACUCUGCACAGCUACCGGGUUCCCCCAGGGCCCCCCACGCAGAACAAUGGACCGAACCAACGGUGGAUCUGCAUCCACCGUACGUGCCGUUCGCUCCCCCAGUUUUAAAGACUCGGGCUGCUGAAGCGGCUUCUCGUUUCCGUGGGGGUUAGAUUUUUCCAAUUAAACGUGAACACAAGCCAAACUUGAUUACAAAGCAGGGCUCUGGAGACCCGUCAGCCCUCAGUCCAAAUGCAGAAACGCAGUCGACCUCGGCCUCCUGAGGAUCGGAGGUCUAUAGUCUCUCUCAUAUCAACCUUGAACCGAAGCGGUAACUCAAAGGGUCCAUGUAGGCGGGCAACCUUUUAGAGUUUGUUCCAGUGUUGCCCAUGUUUGAAACAUGACUGUUUGAUCCAAACGAUACCCUUAACCCUUUUAUGGAGUAUAGAUGCAUACUAUAUACAGUAACUACAUGUACUUAAGAAACUGUUGAUGCUAGUAGAGCCGUCGGCAGUUCUAUUAGCGAGGUAGUUUAAAAAUUAAGUGAUCUUAAUUCCUCUAUUGUGAUUUGAUUUCAACAUUUGAUGCUAUGUAUUUUUUAUUGCUCUGUGCAUUUCUGUAUUUGCAGUCCUGCAAGGUGAAUCUUAGAGUAUUUUUUAUUUUAUCUGUUAGUCUCUCCAAGCUGAAACUUUUGGUGCUGGCGAGUGCGUUGUAGGUCGGGAGCUGGUUGAGUGACUGAACGCGAGGAAGACCUUUUAAUAUGAUUGUCACGUCCUGGUAUCAAAAGGACUCUAAUAAGCGGGCCUUAAAGGGGACCACUUUGCAAGGUGAGAUAUAAUUCUUCCUGUCUGCAUUCACAGAGUAAUAGACACUGUUGCCUCCUGCAGGUUUGUGGCUGCACUGCUGUGUGAGGUGUGAAUUGGAGACCGGUGCAUUAUUAGUUCCCUUUUAAGAUCACCCGAUUAAGCCUCAGCUGGUGUAACUGGCUGUUUUGUGUGUGCGCGUGUGUGUGAGUGCGCGUGCGUGCGUGUGAGUGUUAAUUAAAAAAAGAUAGAUGACGAUGUUAACUGAGAAGAAAAAGAUGCAGUCGAGAAAAGAACUGUACUGUACACAAAGGGUUAAGUUUUAAGUAAAUCAACUCCAGAACAAACAAUAAAUGUGAUUUCAGUUUCA